CGUGCAUGCCACACACCACCGCCACCUCCGCCGCCGCCGCCGCCGCCGCUGCCACCCACCAACAACCAACUGUUGCAGCCGCACUCUCGCCGCCCGCCGCCUGCCGCCCACUGCAACACCCCCUCCCUCCGACCGCCCGCCCGCCCGCUCUCACCACCCCCAGCAUGGAGUGACAGCCCCAGCAUCAACGCUACGAAUGAUGGAUUCCCCUCCUCAGAGAAAAUUUACUCAUCUCUCUUGGCUAACGCGGGGAGGUCGGGCGGCCGGAGCCAUCAUGGGGGCAGUGAAGGAGUGGCUCACAACAUGCCGGGAGUCGCGCAAGCUUAUCCUCGUCAUUGUUGCCAUCGCUCUCCUCCUCGACAACAUGCUCCUGACCACCGUAGUUCCCAUCAUCCCUAAAUACCUGUACAUCUUACGCCACCCCAACGCCACGGCCCCAGCUCCAGUAGACACCACCACCAUCACCAACGCCACCACCACCACCACCACCCCAAUACCACCUGCACUCAUCCCACGGUAUGAAGGGUGUGCGCCGUGUCCGUGUGCAUGGGAGGAAGGGGGUGACACCACCCAAGAAACCACCCCUACACUACCCCCGACAACCACGCCUCGCUGCCCCCACCCGCCACCCGUCGCUGAGCAAGGGGUAACUAAUGGAAUUGUCUCUGGUUUUAUUUUUUGCAGGAUCGGCUACAGUAUCCCGAUGUUUGCAGGGUUUGUCAUCAUGUUCAUCUCCACUCUGAUCUUCGCUUUUGGCAGUACCUACUUCAUCCUGUUCAUCGCCCGGGCGGUCCAAGGCAUUGGCUCCUCCUGCUCCUCCGUGUCUGGUAUGGGCAUGUUGGCGGAGCGAUACCCAGACGACAAGGAACGAGGGAAUGCCAUGGGCAUUGCCCUUGGAGGUUUGGCACUCGGGGUACUAAUAGGGCCACCCUUCGGCGGUGUCAUGUUCCAGUUUGUGGGCAAGACGGCACCAUUCCUCAUUCUGGCAGUCUUGGCACUGGGAGACGGACUGUUGCAGCUACUGGUGCUUCAGCCAGCCGUCGUGAAGCAAGAGGAAGAGGCACCCACCCUGGGGGAGCUGGUCAGUGACCCGUACAUCAUCAUCGCUGCCGGGGCCAUCACCUUCGCCAACAUGGGGAUCGGCAUGCUAGAACCAUCGCUGCCACUCUGGAUGAUGGACACCAUGGAUGCACCUGAGUGGCAGCUGGGAGCGGCCUUUAUCCCAGCAUCCAUCUCUUAUCUGAUCGGCACCAACCUCUUCGGUCCACUAGGUCACCUGAUGGGUAGAUGGCUCGCCUCCCUGAUUGGCCUCUUCAUCAUCGGCAUCUGUCUGAUGAGUAUCCCCAGCGCCACUAGCAUCAACCACCUGAUCGCCCCCAACGCCGGCCUGGGCUUCGCUAUAGGGAUGGUCGACUCAUCCAUGAUGCCAGAACUGGGCUACCUGGUCGACCUUCGUCACUCUGCCGUCUACGGCUCCGUCUACGCUAUAGGCGACGUCGCUUUCUGUCUAGGCUUCGCUAUUGGUCCUGCACUCUCUGGCACUCUAGUCCAGGCCUUCGGCUUCAAAUGGAUGCUGUAUGGGGUGGCAAUCAUUAACUUCCUGUAUGCACCAUUUAUGUACUGCCUUAAGUCUCCUCCUGCCAAGACCGGAGAACAACAGAACUUGAUUUACGGAGAGAAAUCUUCAGUACGUUACGUUACCUACAAGAACGAGGAGGAAGAAGAAAACUAUCCUUAAAAUAUCCAUAGCGUGAAGGAAACUAUCCUUAAAAACCCACUGCGUGAAGAAAACUAUUCUAUAAGAUCCAUAGCGUGAAGAAAACUAGCCUUAAAAGAUCCAUAACGUGUAGAAUGUCCCGGGGAAAGGAUUUGUUUUGCGAAAACUAAAGCGCAAUCGGAGUGUGCUCGUGUGUGUAUUGUUGUAAAGUUAUCUUCCAAAAGGGCUAAGCAGCCAUCUGGAUAAAUUUAUUUUAAGCUAUUUCGCUGUGUGGAACUAAGAACCUAGUAGCUCUGCAACUUCGCGAGCCGCACUGGUCAAGCCCCUCAGGCGCAGCGUCUUCGAGAGUUGCACCCGGCAGACCAGAUCGAGUCGUGGGGUGCGAAGUCCGUGUUUGACACGCUCUUCUGGACGAUGCGUGCUUGUGACAAUGCUUUUCACAGAUGAUGCGCGCUUGUGACAAAGGCUCUCCAGGUCGACGUGAGGCGUCCAUAUUCCUUCUCGAAGAAUGACUAGGAGAGACGCGGGUGGCGCAAGAAAUAGCCGCUGUGCGAUUGUUUCGAAGUGACUCAGGUUUUGAUCAAAAGGCAGAAGUUGCGGUGACGGGAACAAUGCCCCUACCCCCUACCGCACUGAAUGUCUGAGAUGGGUGGUAGACGCGUGAAUUUACUACUGAGACGGUUGGUGGAUGUGCGAAUCUACCCUGAGAAGGAUGGUAGAUGCGUGAAUCAACCCCUUGAGAAGUUUGGUAAAUGCACAGUAGAUGAUCUACUACUGAGAAGGGUAAUAAACAGUAGUAGUUGCACGAAUCUACGACGUCUUGAACCUCCCAAAUAAUUUCUCCCAGACAGCUCGAGAUGCACAAAUUAAAAGUGAAACUCGUCAGAAGGGAGAGACUGAACGAAUAUUCUGACUACAACGAUGAUUUGCUAGGAGCCAGCGAGCAGCCAGCUCCGGCACCCACCUUCAUAACAAACACAGGCACCUUCACCAACCUUAUUCUGUUGCAUGUAAAUGAGAAGCAUAGCCGUAAAAGAAACACCCAUUACGAAAUAUAUUUUCAUAACUUAGAACGAUGAUGAGAAACACAUUUCAGGCUGCACCCUGUCUUACCGAUUAUGUCUACACAACAUGAAACAACAUUCAACGGGACACUGAGCUGUCUCGUUCCUCAGUAUAGAUACCAAAACUGACUAUCAGACGAGCAUAUAAUGAAGUGGAUAGGAUACUGCAUUUCUCGCGCUUCACACCUCUUUUUCUGGCUUAUGUAGGACUGGUUACUGUAUUUAUUUUUGUGUCUAUUUCUGCCUUAUAGAAGCCCAGAUACUACAUUUCUUGUGUGUCAUACCUUUAUUCUGGCUUAUAUACGACAGUCUGCUACGUUUGUCAACUUUUUCGGCUCAGCCAGCUACUUUUCGGGCUUAUGUAGGGCUACUAUUGUAUUUCUGGCUAACGUGUCAGCAAUUAGAUUCCACUGUAGUGCAUAGAGUUGACCCCGCACAUCAGCCUUGGAGAAAUCCAAUGCUUUUCUUAUAAGUAUAAAGGCCAUUGCAGCGUAAUUCCAAUUUGCAUGGGGUCAAUCGAAUGCAUUUAUGGUUUCCACACUGCUUGUCUGUCCACGGAAAGAGAAAGGUCAGUGACGUAACGACUUGGAAAGUGAUGAAUACAAAGAAAAGACUUUUACUAAAUAAGCUUGUAUACAACCGCAGUGCGCUGUUUCUUAAUACUAUUAAGUAAUGGACAGAGGGAACGCGAAGAGAAGGAAAGAGGCGUGAUGUGCUUAGCGG